AUGUACGAAUAUUGCUUGCAUCUUAAUGAUAUCGAUGGAACAAUCGCAUUUUCAAAGCCUCUACGCUUCAACUUUAGAAACGAUCCAAAACAUGAUGUACCAAUUGUGGAAAAGCCGGAUGUGGUACAUGUUGUUUCCCCGGAUGAGACUGUUAUCCCGGAUAUGUCGUCCAGCCCUCCAGGUAAGGCAGAUUCUAUCUGA